UUUAGUUUAACCUGCUAUUGUUGAACCCAGAAUGCGACGUUUCAUAACGGCAUUAAAGAAAGGUCCUAAUCUGAGGUCCUGAGUGACAAGCAAUGGACCCCGUAAGUGACGUCAGGUUCUACUGAGCCCAUGGUUAAAUUCAGACGAUUCUACUGACAGAAAUUAAAACAGCAAGUUAAAUAUCAAUCCAUCGUUCAAGACGGUACAAUGGUCGUUUAACACAACAUUUAAACGUCUUGAAAAUUGCAGAUGUUGGUGAGGUUUCUCUCAUGUGCCUCCACACUGGCGCUGUUCUCUAGAGGCUUGUCAUCACCAUCACCAUGGACAAGAUCCUGGAGGCACUCGUGACCUCCUCACACCCGCUGCCAGUCAAGCGGGCCAUAGUGCGCAAGGUGGUGGAAGCGGCAGAGAAAGAGGUGACAGAGGAGCAGUGUCAUGCACUCUAUGCCCUCACAACACGCCUCAUCCUGCUUGGCGAGGAUGCUUUCCAGAGACAGACAGGGCAACAGGUUCAGGAAGCAUAUGCACGCUACCACCGCGAUGAAUUUGCCCGCUUUGUCAGCAAGGACUUUGUUCUGGGCCUGCUGCAGCAAGGCUAUGGGCCCCUGGACCGGCACCACCCGGCGCUCAUCGACUUCCUCCACGGCUGCCUUCGCCUGCUCAUCAGCUGCCCGGCUGUGCUGGAGGUGGCGGCAGCGCUCCAGACGGAGGUCCUGCGCCUGGUCUGCGAGCGGCCCAAGCCCGUGCUAUGCGCCCGCCUAGCGGCGCUGCUCGCUGACUUCCCACAGUGCGUUCCCCGUGACAAGGGCCAGGGGGCGCUGUUCUGCCAGCAGCUGGUGCGCACCAUGAGCCACUUCCAGUGCACCACCAGCCAGGAGAAGGACCUGAGGGAGUUUGUGGCGCAGGUGAACCGCGUCAGCGAGCUGCUGCAGGGCAUCUGGAAGGCCGAGCCUGCGGCCCUGCUGCCCUCUCUGCAGGAGGUGUUUGCCAUCAUCUCCUCCACAGACCCUGCAUUUGAGCCGUCCAUCUCUCUGGCCAGCCUGGUGCAGCACAUCCCCCUGCAGAUGAUCGCCGUGCUCAUCAAGAGCCUCACCACUGACCACAACGUCAAAGACGCCAGCAUGACCAAGGCCCUCUGCAGGAUGAUUGACUGGUUGUCCUGGCCCCUCGCUAACCAUGUUGAUACCUGGGUCAUCGCUCUACUGAAGGGACUGGCCUCAGUGCAGAAGUUCACUAUCCUCAUAGACGUCACCUUGCUCAAAAUUGAACUGGUCUUCAAUCGUCUGUGGUACCCCAUCGUGCGGCAGGGGGCUCUGGUGGUUCUGUCCCACAUGCUCCUGAGUUUCCAACACUCCCCAGAGGCUUUCCACCUGGUGGUGCCCCAUGUUGUCCAGCUGGUUCAGAGCCUGCGCGGUGAUGGCCUGCCAACUAGUAAGGCCUUCCUUCUACAGUUUACGGAGCUCAUCCACUGCAUGAUGUACCAGUAUUCUGGCUUUCCAGAUCUCUACGACAGCAUCCUGGAAGCCAUUAAAGACCUACCUAAGCCAAGUGAGGAGAAGAUCAAGCUGAUCCUGAACCAAAGUGCCUGGACAUCCCAGUCCAACUUGUUUGCCCCGGGCCUAAUGCAGCUGGCUGGGAAGUCUGAGACAGGGAAGACGGGCCUGGUGAACCUGGGCAACACCUGCUACAUGAACAGCGUCAUCCAGACCCUCUUCAUGGCCACCGAUUUCAGGCGGCAUGUGUUAUCACUGCAGCUGAACGGCAGCAAUACUUUGAUGAAGAAACUGCAGCUCCUGUUUGCGUUUCUGGCUCACACACAGAGAGCGGCAUACGCACCCAGGAAUUUCUUUGAGGCCUCCCGCCCUCCCUGGUUUACUGUGGGCUCUCAGCAGGACUGCUCUGAGUACUUGCGCUUCCUUUUAGACCGGUUACAUGAGGAAGAGAAAGCACUUCGAGCCCUGGCAGAGGCUAAGCCAAAGCACAGUGAGGUCUCUCCAUCUGAUCAGUCCCUUAACUCCACCCAAGACGCUGGUGCUGACCAGUCCCUUAGCUCCACCCAAGACGCUGGUGCUGACCAGUCCAUUAGCUCCAUUCAAGACGCUGGUGCUGAGCAGUCCAUUAGCUUCACUCAAGACGCUGGUGCUGCGCAAACCCCCCACGCUGCCCCCCCACGCCGACCCCUGAUGGCCGCUGGUGGACGCUUUGUCCACGGUGAUUCGCUUCGCUGCCACAGUGUGUCCGAGAAGGAGGAGCCAUUUACUGACCUCUCGCUGGCCUUCUGCCCGCCCCAGGAUCAGCCCCAGCACAGCCCGCAAUGCGGCGGCGUCAAUGGCCAAUGGCGGCGGCGACCGCGUUUACUGGAGAUAGGCCCCGCCACGCUGGACGGGUCGACCUGGCGCCGUCAUUACAGCCCCACCGGGGGCAGUCCCUUGGCUCCACCAAGGCAGCUGGUGCUUCCCCCAGCACAGCCGCAAUGCUGGCCGGCGUCAAUAGCGGCCCGGCGAGACGUGUCACCCUGGGAUAGGCCCGCUGGGGCGGGGGUCGGACCUGGCGCCGGCCGUCACAGCCCCCCACCUCCGGUGCGGACCGGGCCACCGCUUGCGCUGCCCGACCUGGUGGACUAUCUGCUGGCGCCGGAGAUCCUGGAGGAGGAGAACUGCUACUUCUGCGAGCGGUGUGGCUCGCUGCAGCGUGCCGAGCGGGGCGUGCGUGUGGUGGCGGCGCCCGAGUACCUCAUCCUCACGCUGCUGCGCUUCUCGUACGAUGCCGCGCGCCAGCUACGCCGCAAGAUUGUGGACGACGUGCGCGUUCCGCUGUGCAUGCGCCUGCCUGUCCACCUGGAGCACGCACAGCCUACUCCUCGGCACCAACAGGAGACGGCGCCGGCAGCGGCACCCUCGCGCUGCGUGCUGACCGCCACACGCUCGCCUGACAGCGGAGAGAACCAGGCCAAGAAGCUCAAGCCAUCGCAGAGAGGAGGACGAAUGGGGGAGACCCGGGGUGAGGAGACGCGCGGGAACGUCAACAGAGGAGCACCCGUGAUGGACGCGCCAAGAGAAGACGACGAGAGCAAAACCGAGGUGCAGACUUUUUCUUACGUUCUGACCUCCGUUGUGAUGCACUCGGGGAUUUCCUCUGAGAGCGGCCACUACUACACGUACGGCAGAAACAUGAGCGCCGUCGAUUACGAGGACAGCUCCCCCUGCACAGCCAAUCACCUCACGCCUUCCAGCGGUGAACAGGAAGGACUCGGCUGCACCAGCCAAUCCGAACUGGCCUCGGGCAGUGGCAAGGUGGAGGGGUCACACGACCCGUCGGCCAGGGACUGGAUCCUGUUCAAUGACAGCAGGGUGACCUUCACAACCUUCAAUUCGGUGCAGAACGUUACCAGCCGCUUCCCGAAGGACACAGCCUACGUGCUCAUCUACCGGAAACAGGGCUCCAGCGAGGUGCCCCAAGGCAGUGGGGUCCCCACCAACGGCCUGAGGCCUGGCGUUGAACCCCCGCUCCAGAAGGAGUUGAUGGACGCCAUCACCAAAGACAACAAACUCUACCUGCAGGAGCAGGAGCUGACCGCACGCACACGAGCCUUGCAGGCCGCCUCGGCCUCCUGCUCAUUCAAGCCCAACGGCUCAGACGACAACGAACCCCCCGGGAGCUGCGGCCCGUCAGGUGGAGGAGGAGGCGGCGGCGGAGGAGGAGGAGGAGGCUUCAACACUGUCAGCAGGCUGGUGUUCUGAGAACCAUGAGUGGAUGUUCACACACACCAGAUGGGACACACUGGACUCAAAAGCUUUCCCACCCAUCACACUGGACCCAGUGUUUUUGUUUUGCUUUCUUGCGAACAGUAAGUUAAAUGACCCCUGACCUCAAAUUUUGGAGCCAUGAUGGACUCCUCAGCCACUCUCCCCCUCACCCUCUAAACCUGCGAUUUCUUUGGAGUGCAUGCGUUUUUCUUCCUUUCUUUCUUUGCUUUUUUUAGGAGAAGUUCAGACUACUUAAAUGCAAAGUUACAACUUUAUUUCCCUGAUGCACACACACAUCAUAGGGAAUUACAUUUUGCAAUGCAAUAAAUCAGUGCAUUAUAAUACAAUGCAACUCAGAUCUCCUCUGAAACAUCAUGAAACUUAAAUAAAUAAGACGUUUUAAGAAGGUUUAAAUGAUUGUUCUUUAUAAAUGGCAAGCAAAAUACAUGCAAGUGUGUUUUUCAAGCCCCUUUUCUUUAAAGAGAUGGGCGGGAGUUACAUUUACACUAUUUUUUUACUCUGCAUAUAUAUAGUCGAUAAUUCAAGAUGUGUUUUUGAAUUGAUUUGGUUGGCAUUACAACACUAGUAAAGACAAUUUACUGCAUAUGACAAACUACAUGCCAACACUGUGACAGCAAACUGAUAGAAUUGGUGAUUAGGCCUACGUUUGAGGUAAAACUUGGUGCAAAUUUGAUUUUUAAAUUAUCUGAGUCCCUUUAAAUAAACACGAAUUGCAUGCUAAAUGUUCCUCUAAAGAUGAAUUCAAAUGGUUUGGGGUGGUUGGUUAUGUAUAUCUACUUAGUACUCCUAAUUAUUUCUUUCAGGGAGUUUUUAAUAAUUUAAUUUUUUAAUAAUAUCCAGUUUUUUCUGUGCCUUUUCAUGCCAUUAUUCAAGUGAGCUAACUGGACAGGUAUAUGAUGACUUUAAGAUCAACUACAAGAUUUUAAUGGAUUCAUGAAAAUAAACUGGCUUUUGCUGUACAGUGUUAAUAUUAAUAAACUUUUUGUAAUUGAAGUAAAGAUCCAUACAAGUAUA